CCGAAUUGUAUGAAAAUGAAAAAGAGAUUGAUUUUUUUUUCUGCUUUUAUCGUAUUAUUCUUAUACUUUGUUUGAAAAACAGUUAUUUAUUGUACUUUAAAGAAAUGAAGAAUAUAUAAGUAAGUAUGAAAUCAAAAAUGCAAAAUAAGUGAAAAAACCAAAAUGUUGAAGAGAUUUAAAAAGAUAUAGAAAAAAGAGAACAAAAUAAUAAAAAAUUUCAUUUCUCUUCGAUUCGAAGAGGCGAUAGUGUUAUUUAAUGGUGGAAAAUUGAAUAAAAACUCAAAUAAAAACGAAAACAAGCACAUUAAAAUAAAGUCAAUAUGAAUUUUUUUUAACCAAAAUAUACAACUAUUAUAGUGAAAAUAAUGUUAUUGUUGAAAUUUAAAUAAAAUGUGGUAACAAUAUUGUAACAGUGAUUUUCCUUUUGUUUUGAAUUGCAAAUACAUACACGAAAAGAAAUGGUAAAAAAAAUUGAAUAAAAAAUAUUUUUAUUUUCGGAAUUCAAUCAAUAUAGAAAUUCAAAUUUAAAAUAUUCCGAUUCAAAUUAUAAUUAAACACAUAGUUUAAAACAGAAGAAUAUUGAAUUUCAUAUAUGAAAACAAAACAAUUAAAUUUUUUAUGUGUAAGGUUAUUGCCUUCUAUGUUGAAUCUGUGGCAACACUACAAUAAAUCAUAAUGAAAAAAUUAGAUAUACGUAUGAAAACAUUUUUAUUUAUAAGUGUUUUUACUCUUAUUUUCAUAUUUAAUGGCAACAAUUAUGAAAAUUGUAAUACAAGGAAAUUUUUCAUAACAGCAACGAUUAUUAGUGAUAACGGAAACGUAAACAAUGAUGAAAAUGAUGAACCCAAAUACAUCGAAGGAGAAUAUGAAAAAUCAUCUGAAAAAUAUGAUGAAUUUUUAGAGGAUAUUAGAGGUGAUGGCAAUUUUUUUGUAAAUAGCCCAAUACCAGACAAAGAUUUACCAAAAUUUGGUGAACCAUUACAAAAUGUAACUAUACCAAUUGGUCGUGAUGCAAUUUUACAAUGUAUAGUCGAUAAUUUACAGACAUAUAAGAUUGCGUGGUUGCGAGUCGAUACACAAACAAUUUUAACAAUUCAAACUCACGUAAUUACAAAAAAUCAUCGAAUGAGCAUAACCCAUAGUGAAAAACGUGCUUGGAUAUUAAAAAUUCGUGAUGUUAAAGAAUCAGAUAAAGGAUGGUACAUGUGUCAAAUAAAUACUGAUCCAAUGAAAAAUCAAGUUGGGUAUUUAGAUGUUGUAGUUCCUCCAGAUAUUCUCGAUUAUCCAAGUAGUUCAGAUAUGGUUAUACGUGAAGGUAGUAAUGUUACUUUAAAAUGUGCAGCAACUGGUUCUCCUUUACCAACGAUAACAUGGCGUAGAGAAGAUGGUAGUACAAUACCAUUAAGUGAAUCAGAUGGCAUUAAAAAUGUUAAUAGUUAUAAUGGUUCAACAUUGGUUAUUGCAAAAGUGAAUCGAUUGAAUAUGGGAGCAUAUCUAUGUAUAGCCACAAAUGGUGUACCACCAAGUGUUAGCAAAAGGAUAAUGCUAAUUGUUCAUUUUCCACCAAUGAUUUGGAUACAAAAUCAAUUAGUUGGAGCUGCUGUUGGUCAAACAAUAACAUUAGAAUGUCAAUCAGAAGCAUAUCCAAAAUCGAUUAACUAUUGGAUGAAGAAUGACACAAUCAUCGUUCCAGGCGAAAAAUUUAUUCCCGAAAUGUAUGAAAGAUUAUAUAAAGUAAUAAUGAAAUUAACAAUUGUAAAUGUUGAACAAAAUGAUUUUGUAACUUAUAAAUGUUUAGCAAAGAAUUCAUUAGGUGAUACAGACGGAGCAAUUAAACUUUACAACAUACCAAGAAUAACUACAACAACAUCAACGACCAUUUCACCAUUAACAACAUAUCAUACAUCAACAAAUAAUAGAAAGUCUGAGUCAACUGGAGGACGUUAUUCAGAGGACAAAAAUCUAAAAGAUCACAAUAGACGAAAUAAAUUGAAAAAUCGAAGAAAACAUAAAUCAUAUACAAUUCUAGAUGAUUUAACAUUUUCAUCAUCAGAUGAUUUGGAAAAUUUUCAACAAAUUUCAAAUCUUUGGAAUUCAAAAGAUGAGACAUAUUAUCGUAAUGAUGACCCAACAAAUUCAACAAUACAUCAUACAUCAUACGGAGGAACCUAUACAAAUUCUAAUAUAAGAAAAUUUUUCAAAUCAUCAUCAUCAUCGUCUGUGUCACUAUCCCCACAACUAUCAAAAGAAUUAUUUCUAUUAUUAUCAUCUCUAAUAUUGUUAAUUACAACAACAAUGAUUGAAAUCAAAGUUCUUAUACAAAAAUUAAUGACAACUACUUUACAACAAAAAAAUUGCCAUGUUAAAUAAAAAUUCAAUGGACCUUAGUUGGAAAUCUACAAAUUUUAAGAACAAUAAAUUACGAGUAUGUAGGUACCUACAUACAAUAUUUUUUUCUUUAUUGAA